AUGUCAGUGACGUCGCCUAUAUCAGCCAGUCCGGGAUUAUCGUUGUUGGAAUGGGACGAAGCUGCCGUGCAGUCGUAUUUAUCUGAUUUGGGAUUAAGUAAAUAUGAAGAUGUAAUCUAUGAACAUGGUAUAACAGGAGAUGUGCUUUCAGUGAUGGAUCAUUCGGCCUUACAAGAUCUAGGCAUGACCAGUCUGGGACACAGGUUGAACCUCCUCAGAGCGGUUUGGGAGUUGAAGAAAGAUCAGGGGAUAGAACUGGGUGAAGAUGAUUGGAAACCGCAAGAUGCAGAAGAGAAUGAUAAAGUUACUCAGAGUAAUGUAGAGAAAUUAUUGGAUAUGAUACAUGAACAACAGGAACGCCUAAUACAAUUGGAAAGAGAACAGAUGAGAAUGUUGUCCGCCUUCGAGGAGAAUGGUAUACCCGUACCUACACAGCCCCACUCGGCUGAUGGGGAAGUACGUGGAAUACCUGGUAUGGAAGGGAAAUCCAAUCUUGGUAGAUCAGGUAGUUUAAGAUGGAAGGAUUUCAAGGAAAAGGGAAGUGAUGGUGAGGAGGCUGAGGCCGGCCCAAGCCGCUCCAAUCGUCGCGCAUCGACAGUCUUCCCCUCAUCUCUCGCAUCAUCCACCGCAUCCAACCCUAACGGUCAACCAGUCCCACAUACCUCUGACACUCCCACCUUCCAAGAUAGCUUCACACCUACUACCGUCACGUCAUCGUAUCCGUUCGAAUCGCCUUUAGCUACUAAUCAAGGGAAAGGAGAAGAGAAAUCUCAUUCUAGACCUAAUCCAAUUCAACCACCUCCAUUAACCAGAUUGUUAUCUUCUGGUCCAGUAUCAUCGAAUUCGAUAACUUCACCUCCACCCAAUGUCUCGCAGUCGCAAUCACAACAGCAGCAUCAACAAUCAUUGAGUGCACCUAGGAAUACGAGUCAACCCACCUCUGGACCUAGCCCGACUGGAAAUGCCCCCUCUGGCUCUGUCACCAACCCACCGUCGGAUAAAGUGAAAUCGCAAGCCAAUGCCGAAGCUAGAAGUGCUGCCAAAUCGUUCAGAGUAACGCUCGAAGAUCCUUGCUGGAAAGUGCUUCCUGCGGCUCUGAAGAAAUACAAAAUCAAUGAUGAUUGGAAAUUAUACGCGUUGUUCAUCUGUUUCGACAAUACUGAACGGUGUUUGAGCUAUGAUGAGAAACCGCUAUUGCUGUUCCAGAAAUUGAAGGAAAGCGGACACAGACCGGUAUUCAUGCUUCGACAUAUCAAAGAUAUAAGAUCUCCUAUAGCAGUCGCUCAACAGAAGCAAGCUCAAAAACUGGGAUUACCACCUAAUACCAAUGUCAAUGUGUUACCCAAAAUAAAACCUUCUUCAGAUACCUCUAUAUCACCUACCAAAACUUCCUCCCUUCAACCUUCAGGAGGGAGUAGGAGUGGUGGUGUUGGAGAUAUGCCAAAUGUGAAUGGCAACUUUCCCGAACUUCCUAGUCCAGGAUUAAAAGAUGCUUCAUUCGAUGCGUCCGCCUCGGCCUCGACCUCGUCCAGACAUCCCGCCACGAACGGACUGAUGAAUCUCCAACCUGGUCAAAAUCCAGGUACGAUGGUAGAUAAAGAUGGGAAUACAGUCAACGUCACUUAUGCAGUCGCCAUCUACCCGUAUAUCGCUGAUAGACAAGACGAAUUCAACGUUGCUGUCGGCUCAACCUAUGUGAUUCUGUCAAAAGCGAAAGGAUGGUAUAUCGUACAGAAAGAUCCAGAUGGGUUGGGAAAAUUGAAUGAUGCUACUCAAGGAUGGGUACCAGCUGGCUGUCUCCUCGAGCUGUCUCAACCUAUCUCCCUGGCCUCCCCUACACCUUCAGGAGAAAUCCCUGCAUAUCCCGGAUUAUCGCCUCUCCCUCCCUCUGCUAUCAUCUCGUCGAGCUAUGCAGGAAAUGUCUUGAUGGAUUAUGAAGCGAAGGGAGAUGCGGAGUUAUCACUGAAGGAGGGGGAUAAAGUUAGGGUGUAUAAGAAGUAUUGUCAUUGGAUCAAAUCAGAUACAGGUGAAAGAGGUUGGGUACCAGCCUGGUUCGUAGGUAAAGCAGCUACUGAACCUAACACCUCUACCGCCAAUACACCCUCGUCAGCUACUACACCUACUCCGACCGGAGCUGUACCUGGCGGAGAAGGGAAGAUGAUGAAUAAUGGGGAUGUGGAAGAGAGAUUGAGAGAUGAUACUCCUACGUCUACACUUGGUGCGGGAGGCGGACAUCCAGGGGAAGGUAACAAGAUAUAA